AUGGUGAUGACAAGGAGCCAGCAGGAGAACGCGGCAGACUACCCUUUCGGAAUGCCCCGAGGCACCCAUGGACAGCAAACUAAUCAGAACGAGGGAAUAGAGGAGUCAUAUGUGGACAGGUCUCAGCAACCUAAUCCAUCGUCCGCCAUUGAACAACUGAAGGCUGAAAUGAUGGAACUUAGAAGGUUGAGGGAAAAGGACGCUCACGAGCUGUCAGCUCUGAGAAGAGAGAACGCCGAACUCAGAAGCGAUAAUCGGACGUGGCACCCGUCGCGCGAUACGCUCCAUCAGACAACUCGAGACCACGGAGAAUCGUCCGGAUGGUACAAGGAAAUCAACGUCCCUCGGCCAUCGAGCGUACCAACCAUAACGACCCAAGAUCAACGACGACAAGGAAAGACGCCGUUUACACCAGACAUUGCUGGAACACGGUUGCCCGACAACUGGAAAAACUUGACCUUGGAAAAAUACGACGGAACGGCCGACCCGGAGGAACACCUCGACGCCUUUGUCACCCAAGUCAGCCUAUACACAGAUGAAGAUGCCAUUUUUUGCAAGGUCUUUCCCACCUCUUUGAAAGGACCGGCACUUAACUGGUUCACUAGACUUCCACCUGGGUCGGUAGAAUCGUUCACAUCCUUGUCCUCUCGUUUCGUGAUACAAUUCGCCACAAGCCGGCCCCAUCAGCUCACAUCCAUCGCGUUGGUUAAUAUACGUCAAGAGAAGAAAGAGCCUUUGAGAGCUUUCAUGGAAAGAUUCGGAAAGAUGACUUUGUCUAUUCGGAAUCUUGACCCGGCCGUAGCAAUGCAUCACCUUACCACUGCCCUACGACCGGGGCCAUUCGUUAACAGCCUCUGCAAAAAGCCGCCAAGGGACCUUGACGACUUGCGGCAGAGGGCCACUAAAUACAUGCAGAUGGAGGAAUUGGCCGAAUUUCGGAGUCAGAACCGACCCGACCUGUUCCCCGCCAAAAAGGAAGGUGACAAGGAGCUGUUCAAGCCACGCCUCCGAGACUUAACCGACCGCGAUAAAGGUAACAGGGGGCCAAGAUACACGCACUACACGCCGCUUAACGCUAGCAGAGCCAAAAGCAGGGAUAGGUGGGCAUCUGAUGAUGAGUCUUCGGCGGACCAGUAG